AUGGGAAUUGAAUUUUCGACCAAUCCUUUCGGAGUUCCCUCCGACUGGAAAAGCACCCAGGCUUACACGACUCCCGUUGCCUCGAUUUCGUCAGCUUUAGUUCAAAAUGUGAGCAGCAUAUUUAGUUACAAGACUUUUUCCGAUGCAGAUCUUUUAGACGAAUCGGUUAAAAGCUGGGUUAAAAAAAAAGCCCUGGAGACCUUGUACUUCGAAGAGUUAGAAUUGAGGUCUGGUGCCGGUCUAACUGCGUUGGGUUAUGCGCAUGCAACGGAAGACAAAUCACUUGUAGGAAUCAUAACCCCAGGGUACGGUUUACCAUAUUUUGCCAACAGUUUCCGGCGCGAAAAUUCCAAUGGAAGUCGGUUUAUGCUCAACGUUGGGGCACUUGAUUAUAAUGAGGAGGCAGGCCAAGUGGUGAGUGAUUUUGUCACUCCUUUGAAGACGGCUGCAUCGCUAGGUUUCCCAGUCGUUUCACCAGUUCGUGUUGAUGAGGCCAAGCAAACAACGCUACUCGCUAUUGCUUUGGCAAAGUUUGGUACUGCUUUGGGGGCGGUCAAUCUUUUCGAUGGCCCCAAUUAUGCCAAGUCCGUCCUGAAUAUCACUGAGAAAGUGGAUCAGGACAUCAUUGCGCGCUUGUCCAAACAAUUAACUGUCCCAUCUACCUUCGAUCAAAUUUUAGAUAAGUUUAAUGAGCUUUCAACUAGCAAGCUUCAUAACUUUGAGUUCUACGGGGACGAAGGUGCUGAGACUCUUUUUGUAUCGUUCGGAAGCGUAGAGUCCGAACUCUUUGGCGCCAGUCUAGUCGAGAAUCAGUUCAAAGUUGGACUCAUUGCCAUAAGAAUUGCUUUACCUUUUGACACAGACAAAUUUGUGGCCUUGAUUCCAAAAUCCGUAAAGAACAUUGUGGUUGUUGGUCAAUCGUUGGUUGGAGCAUCUGCAACCUUCAUGAAAUCACAAGUUUCUGCCGCCUUGUUUACGCAUAAUGUAAGGUCGGUCAAAAUUUCCGAAUAUGUGUACUUACCUUCAUUCGUUUGGUCUCCUGACGCCGUUGAACAAGUCAUAGCGUCUUUCGUCCCUGAAUUCAGAAAAGCUGCCGAUAAUCACAGUGAAAAGUUUAUCUAUUGGGCAGCUGACUCAAGUGUCAAUCUCGACGUUGCUGCGAGACUUGCACAUGCUCUCUCUUUGGUAGACCACCGUGAUAUUACUUUCAGGACGAAAUUCGAUAACAACGCGAAUGGUGGUACUUUCCAAGCUCAAAUUGUUUCGCGCAGCAAAGGAAAUUCUUCUCUUGCCGAUAACGUUGAUCGUGCUAAUGUCACUGUGGUUGAAAACCUGUCCAUUUUAAAUGCCUUUGAUAUAACCAGCACAUGCAAAGAGAAAAGUACUGUUUUGAUCGUGAGCGAAAAGUCAUUAAAGGACAAGAAUCUCUCUGAUGCAAAGGUUUUGGUUGAUGACUUGAAACUUCCAAGCAGGUUUUUAACAGAUGCUAUCCACAAAGAUCUUCGAAUUGUUUUCUUGGAUGCGGAAACCAUUGGUGACAGAGAAGAAACUAACGGCAGAACUGCGUCAUUUGUUAUCCAGGCUGCAUUUUGGAAGUAUGCGUAUGAUUUGUCUAUUGCUGAGAGCGUUCGCAGAAUUUGGAACUCAGCUGGCUCUGACAUAGAGCUGUUAGCUGCUGUUUUGUCAGAAACAAUCACCACGGCAUUUGACGUUGGUCUUAGAGAAGUUCACUGUGAGAACUUGAAGAAGUCAGUUAAAGAACUCGCCUUUGAUAAGUCGGAAGAAGAAGAACUUCCUUCAUUACUCUCAGAAACCUGCUUUCUCCCUAAUCCGAGGAAGCAGGAAAUCCCUGCCCAAACAAGUGCCUCUGCCAUUGCAGAUAUUGCCUGCCAGCUAAGUUUUAAGGAAGCUUUCGCUACUAAGACCUCUUUGAGACCAGACCUUCCUGUGAACAAUUACGUUGUUAAGGUCAAAGAAAAUAGGCGCGUAACGCCUGCCGACUAUGACAGAUAUAUUUUCCACAUCGAGUUUGAUAUCACUAAUACUGGCUUGACGUAUGGUAUCGGUGAAGCUUUGGGUGUACAUGCCAGAAAUAACCAACAACUUGUUAGACAGUUUCUAAAGUCCUAUGGCUUGAAUGAGGAAGACAUAGUUCAAGUUCCUAACAAAGAAGAUCAACGGUAUUUAGAAAACAGAACUGUUCUUCAAGCCUUUACCGAUUGUUUGGACAUUUUUGGCAAACCUCCUAAAGCAUUUUACCAAUCGCUUUUAGAGUUUGCUUCUAAUGACGAGGAGAAGAAAAAGCUGGAGCAUUUGGUUUCAGCCGCCGGAGCUGUCGAAUUGAAAAAGUUUCAGGAUGUCGAGUACUACACCUACGCCGAUAUUUUUGAGCUAUUUCCCUCUGCUAGGCCUUCCCUUUCUGAUUUGGUACGUAUCAUCGCUCCUCUCAAGAGAAGAGAGUAUUCUAUCGCUUCAUCGCAAAGAAUGCAUCCUAACGAAGUCCACUUGUUGAUUGUUAUUGUGGACUGGGUAGACAACAAAGGCAGAAAACGGUUUGGACAAGCAUCCAAAUACCUCUCCGAACUUCCAGUUGGUUCUGAAUUGGUAGUUAGUGUUAAGCCUUCCGUAAUGAAACUGCCCCCUUCUACAGAGCAGCCAGUGAUCAUGAGUGGUCUCGGUACCGGUCUGGCACCUUUCAAAGCUAUUGUUGAGGAAAAAUUGUGGCAAAAACAGCAAGGGCACAAAAUUGGUAAGGUUUACCUGUUCAUGGGCUCCAGACAUAAGAGAGAAGAAUACCUGUAUGGGGAAUUGUGGGAAGCUUACAAGGCCGCUGGCGUGAUUACUCACAUUGGUGCGGCCUUCUCCCGAGACCAGCCCCAUAAAAUUUAUAUCCAAGAUAAAAUUCGUGAAAGUUUGCAAGACUUGAAGACUGCAAUGGUCGAUGAGACUGGCUCCUUUUACUUGUGUGGACCUACCUGGCCAGUUCCUGAUAUUACUCAAGCAUUGAAAGAUAUUCUUCAGGCUGCCGCUGAUGAGCAGGGCAAGAAAGUUAAUUUGGAUGAAGCCAUUGAAGAACUUAAAGAGAGCUCCCGUUACAUCUUGGAAGUGUAUUGA